AGCAAGAUGCCUCCAAUUUGCUUCCUUUACUUCUGUGACCUCUUAUUUUAACUACUUAAGAAAUCACAGCAUGUGUUUUAUCAGUUACUUCUGUAUACUCGAACAAGUUAUGGAGGUUUUGUGGUCAUCUCUUGUGGUUUCGUGGGAGGAGUACAAGAACAGAUAAUGUGUAUGGGAAGGAUGAAAUAGGACCAUUACAUUACCAAGGUCAGCUUGAAAGGGUGCCCACUUUAUCUAAUAUGAAGUUGAAUUUCCUUUAGGUGUACGAUCGGCCUAUUCCUACUGUCUAUAACAAUGUGCUUUGGGAAUUUAUUGUCCAACAACAUUUGAUGAGGUAUAAGAGAACAUACCAAUAUGACCUUGUGUUCGCCCUUGGUUUUGUUACCGUGUUUGAUCAACUCAUGGAAGGAUAUCCUAGUCACGAGGACCGAGAUGCCAUCUUCCAAGCAUACAUAACGAUAUUGAAGGACCCAGAUCAAUAUAGAAUUGAUGCACAAAAUUUGGAAGAUUGGGCUUGGGCUCAGAUUGGGGGUAUUGAAGGAGAAGUUGAGGGGAUAUUGAAGGACAUCGCAGAAAGAGCUAGGCAUAAGAAGAGUUUCAGCUACAACCGUUUCUUUGAUGGGGGGAUAUUGCAGGUCAGCUUGAAGGAUCCUUGGUUAUAACCAAAGUUGUCUAGCAACACGUAUAAAUCAAUAAGGAGCAGUAUGUAACUGCUAGAAUCCAAUGCACAUAUGAGAGAUGGUAUGCAGAGAUGAGCUCUAGCAGUGGCAUGCUUGAUGAGAACAUAAUUCCUUCAACAAUGAAAGCGUGCUUGUGCCCCAGCUUGCUGUUUUUGACUGUGAAAACAUGGAAAUUGGAGAUCUUUACAAUCAAUGUGUCAAGGGUAUAGUGGGGUUUAGUGUGAUAGAGCAACUUGUCAACAAGGGUGCCAUUAGUGACCUAUUUUAAUUAUGUUAUGGUGGGAUGGAUGUAGGCGGGGGUGUCAUGAUACUUGGUGGUAUUUCUCCUCCCCAUGAUAUGGUAUUUGCCCAUUCAGACCCUUUUCGCAGUACAUACUAUAUUGGAACUACAUAUGCUUAGCUUCCAAAAGAAGCUUUUCAUGCAUUUAAAAAUACUGUGAUGAAUAAAAAUUGUCUCCUCAAACAAAUCCAUGGUCCAGAUCCAAAAUUUAAUGAUCUUUGUGUUUCUGGGGCUGGAAAGGAUGGUUCCAAACUAAUAGCAGUUUUUUCUCAAGUUGAUAUCGUAGUUAGUAAUGAAAAAAUUUGUUGCCUCUAGAGAACUACUUGUUUCGGCAUACAAAGGUUUAUGAGAUCCUUUGCCUUACAUUGGCUAUUAUCAUCUGUUGCAAAUACAUUACAGACCCUCGGAAUUCCUCAUCUGCCACUUCAACCACCAUUGCCAAUGCAACUUACACCUUUAGUUCCAGCUGACCAUCAAUAGUAUGCUACAUAUAUGUGGCCUAAGGGAGAAUUCCAACAUCCUAGACGUCCCUCGCAGCCAUUUUUUCAUCCUGGAGGCAAACCACCUGCUAACAUUGGUAUUUAUUUUAUUAUCACAAGGGGGUAAGUUGUAUUAACCUUGUGGGCAAGGCCUUCUAAAGGGCGUCUAUUGUCAUACGCCUAAUUGGGUGGAAGUCAAUUUGUGGGCUUGGCCCAUAUUUGGUUGAAGGCCCAUUUGUUCAAUAAUUUGUUCCUUUAUAAGUGUUGAUUGUAGGCCUUGUAAAAAUCAUCCAGAAGCUUAAUAUAAUAGAUUUCAGCUUCUCUCUUC